CCUGACCCGCUGUUCAACAUGGCUGCGGCCAUCAAGCUCGAUGGCAUCGGGAAGGAGAGCUUGCGCAGAAAAUAGUAAAACUGUUUUUGGGGGUUCUCCCAGGAAAUACAUUGUAAGCAACAGCUGUAUAUAUAUAUGAAAUAUAUUUAAAAGUAGGAGCUGAUGAAUCAAGGUUUUGCCUUUUGAAGCAGGAAAAUGUAUCCAUUUGGUAGGGAGGAAGCAGCAUCACUUGAACGACUCUUCUGGUUCUUCUCUGAAUGUAUGCAAAGGGGAGACUGGGAACUUGCACGGGCCUGUGUCCCUCAGUUACAGCAGUUGCAAGAUGAUGGCUCUGAAAAGGUUGAAAAAAUCCUUCAUGCCCUGAUAAUCUGCCCUUCCCGUUUGAGGAGUGAAUCAAAGCACAGUCCUCAAAAACUUGCUUGGUUUUGGCUGCUUGUAUUGCAGGAAUGGCUAUCACACAAACAGAAAACUGUCCCAGCAGUUCUCCAAAGAGAAACUGAAUUCUUGCUUCUCCUAGAAGAACUGGAAAAGGAUGUCCCAUUUGGUGUUUUAAAGGAACUUUAUGAAGCAUUUGAGGACAAUCAUUUGUUGCAUAGGAAACAAAGAGAUGGAUCAGUACAGAAAUUUGGUGUGGAGCUGAUGUCUACUCUUCAAAAAAUGCUCUUGCAGGCUCCCCGGAAAUUGCAAUCGAUACUGGAACUACUUCAGCGUGAUCCUGUGGAAUGUAGCUCUUCAGUAAUACAAAGUGGCUUGCCACAGAACAUUUUUGUCGGCUUCCUUUGGGAUUCACUCAAAUGUUUGAAGCGUCUUCAGCUAAAUCCAGAAUUACUGGAGAGAGAGGGGAAUAAAGUCACAGAUGAAAUCUAUAACGCCCUGAGUAUGUUGAAUUUGAAGGUGGACAAUCAGACGAGAGAGUUAAGGCUCCUCUGCAGAGAACUUCUGGAUGCUUGUUGGUUUGAGCAGAGUCCUCUUAGAGAGGAGAGGCUACUCAGCUGCAUGUUACGAAAAGACAGCCAUGCCUUGCUUAGUCUCUUUGGCAGUGUAUUUAUUGAGAAGAUGAAAGAAAAACUGUUGAGUCAAAAGUUACCAGGCAAAGGUACAUCUGAACAUCCGGAUGCUGAACGGGUAGUGAUGGCAUUGUUUUUGGAUCAUGAGCAUGCUUAUUCUUGGAAAGCUGCUUAUUUCUACUAUCUUAGCAGCAACAAACACUUUUUGGAACAAAUUCUGAUUACAGCAUUAACUUUACUGAAAAGGGAAGACUUCUCAAGCCUCAGCAGAUUACUGACACAGGAAUUCAGCUACCUCAGUCGCCUCCUGAUAUUGCUUGGUUGGACGCAGUGUUGCAGUUUAGAAUCGGCAAAGAUGCUGCUGCAGACCCUACAUAAAUCUCAGGGUUUCUACAAUGACUUAAUUGCAUCCCGGACAAUGUUCUUCUGCAGCAUCUUCAUAGUUUGGAGUGCCAUUCUUCCCUUUACCUUCUGUACCAACUUACAGACCUCUUAGCCUUGAAUGAGGAAGCAGUAAUUGAGCUUUUCCAGAAAAUCCCAACUAAGUACACAAAAGUUCAAGAUUCAGCAGUGAUGCCAGAUGUUCGCCUUUUGAGUCAACAGCAUAAUCUUACUCUUUACAAGGCAUUUUGUGCCAUGAAGUAUGCCAUCUAUGCAUUAUGUGUCAAAUCACACAGAGGUUCAAACUGCAGACACUGUGCAAACUACUUUGUCACUGAGCUCCCUCAUAAACUUCUGGAGAAGAAUGAAUUUCCCAGUCAACUUCUCUACCCAGAUACAGAUUAUGCAAGUCUCUUUCCUCACUAUCUCUCCAAGUGUCAGAAUUAUUUAAGAAGCAUACCUGCUCCUCUAAGGUUGGAACUCCUGGAAAAUAUAUUCUCUUUGCUCUUUGUUUCUUCAAGUGAUCUCUACGGUGUCAGUCCACAAGAAGAAGAUAAUGCAGAAGAUGCUGGCUUCAGGAAAAAAAGCCAUUUGGGCAAGAGAGCAGAGCGUUGUGCUAGCCAAGAUUCAUCCACCACACCAAGUCCUCAGCACUCUGUCAGUCCUGAGAUGACAGUCCAUGCGCCCACUUUCUCUGCAACCAAGAGCAACCAAGCAUUAUUCAAUUUGGAAUCAAGCAACAUAAAUUGUGGUUCCUUUGGGCUGAGCUAUUUGGAUUUGAAACAUUUCACCAGUAAUAUAUGUGGAUUUCUAGUGGAUGAGGAAGCCUUGGAAAUAUUUCUCAAAAUGCUCAUGGAGCAUCUGAAAGAAAUUGAGGAUUCUUUUGUGUGGGAUUCAAGACACAUCCCUACGAUGGAACUGGCUCUGCUAGAUAGCUUGAAUUUAUCUGUAAAUAAGGAGACCUUUAACAGCCGUGUGCAGCAACUCUCCAAGUAUCUUUCUGAAGCUCAGUGGCGGCACAGAAUAGUGCUCAGCAACAAAAACACAGGUAGUCAUCGUGAUCCAACUAGAACAAACUAUAGUUUCACCAAAGCAUCCUUCUUGAAAAAGCACACACAGUCUCAAAGACAAAAGCCAGAACACAAAAGAACUUCAAACUCAUCACAGGAGAGCUCCAGCAGUGAAUUAAGUGUCACCAGCACAUCAGGUAUGGAAGAGCUUUCUUAUCAUGGAAACCCACAUUGCUUCUGUCUUAGGAACGUUUACCUUAAGAGAGCUUGUAAAAUCUUCAAAUGUGUUUUACAAAAUACUCAGGUUUACUCAUUAAAGCAACCCGUUAAUGGAUGGCAGUACCUGUUUCCAGUGAGAGACGCUGUGCUGAGGAGCAGAUUGUCCCUUCGGUACCUGGAUAGAUGGCCUCUGGAGGCCUGUCUGGAAAUAUUAGCUUAUUGUGCCUGUGACCCCGAAGUAACUGAAGAACUCAAAUUUGAUCUGCAAAGCAAAAUCAAGGAGCUUCAAGUUUAUCAAAAGAUUCUUAGACUACAGGCUGUCCACAUCUGGCAUGACUGGCAGGAUCUAAAGAGGACCUGCACAGAAGAUCCGCAGUCCAUUGUGGCAAUGGUUUUAGAAGCAAAGGAUUAUGAAUUAUGUGAAGAAUGGGGCCGCUUGUAUUCUAUCCCAAGGGAUCAUUUGAUCAGCCUUCACCAGGAACACCUCCUUCAUUUGUUGGAAAUGGGAGAUAUGGAAAAGGCUCUCCAGCUCUUGCAAAGGAUAGAUGAUCCAGACAUUCAGUUUGUCAUAAGUGAACGGUGUCUUGAUAGAUAUCCUAGCUUAGCAGCUUCUCAUUUCCUUGCGGAUUAUCUCACAACGUACUUCAACCAGCACCUGACAGUUAUGCGCCAGAAUGAAAUUCAAGCUCUUUACGUGGGAUCCAAGGUACUGCUGACUCUUCCUGAGCCUUCUCGAUCUAACUAUUCCCACCUCUCCUGCAAGCCGCUGCUCAUGCUGGAGCAGUUAUUGAUGAACAUGAAAGUGGAUUGGGCAGCUGUGGCUGUGCAGAUGUUGCACCAGCUCUUGGUUGGUCAGAAGAUAGGCUUCAGCACAGGAGACAUUGAUGCGUUGCUAUCCAGCUAUGCUGGGAAAGCUCUUGACUUUCCAUUUUCUCUAAGAGAGAAGAGAUCAGAUUCUCUUAUUCCGAUUCAAGAGAAUUUAUGUCCGGGAUCUGAAUCUGACACCUUAUCUAAGUCAGAGUCAACAGAGCAUUUUCCAGCUAGUUCUCCUGAUACAACACAUGCUUCCAACCCAAAAGAGAAAAGCCUUCAGCAAGCUGCGUGUGCUCAGGACUUCGUGCCACCAGAGAAGCCCCCACCCAAACAGCAGUGGAUUCCAGAUGACACAGAAGACACAUGCAUGGUUUGCAAAACAGAACGCUUUACAAUGUUUAAUAGAAGGCAUCACUGCAGACGCUGUGGGCGGCUGGUGUGCAGAUCCUGUUCUACCAAGAACAUGGUUGUGGAAGCUUGUAAGGAAAACCCAGCUCGUGUGUGUGAUCAGUGCUACAGUUAUUUCAACAAGGAAUAUGCAACAACUACAUCCCAAGACUCAGAAAUUUCCAAUGAAGAGGAUCAGAAUCAAGAAGCAGUUGUAUCUUCUGAUAAAGAACGCUCAGAUUACUCUGCAGUUGUACAAAUACCGAAGCCAGCAGAAUUUGAAUGGCAGCUUUCUUUGAUGGAAGAAGACAAUAAAACGAUGCGCAGUGAAUUCUUUUAUGAACAGGCUCCUAGUGCAUCCUUGUGUAUUGCCAUCUUCAAACUGCAUUCUGACAGCAUUGCCUGUGGUCAGCAGUUGAUAGACUAUUGCUGCAAAUUGUCUCGAAGCCUGGCAAACCCUGAAGUGGAUGCUAGUCUCCUCAUAGACAUCAUGAAACAGUUGCUUUUCAGUGCCAAAAUGAUGUUUGUAAAAGCUGGGAGGAGCCAGGAGUUAGCUCUUUGUGACAGUUACCUCAGCAAGGUGGAUGUGUUGAAUAUUUUAGUAGCUGCUGCUUAUCGUCAUGUUCCAUCUCUGGAUCAGAUAUUAGAGCCUGCAGCAGUUAGUAGGCUAAGAAAUCAACUUUUGCAAGCGGAAUACUAUCAACUGUCUGUAGAGGUAACACUACAGGAUGAUGACUAUUUUGCCACUCUGAAAGAACUGGAGGCGAUACUGAGGACACGAAGCCUGUCUCUAGAGAUGACACCAGAGGGGAAGAUGCAACACAACAGCUAUUAUCAGGAAUGCCUUUUCUACUUGCACAAUUAUGGCACCAAUCUAGCAAUCAUUAAUUUUUAUAUGAGGCAUAACUGUAUGCGGGAAGCUCUGCUGCAUUUGUUAAAUAAGGAAAGUCCACCAGAUUUAUUUAUCGAAGGCAUCUUUACCCCAAGUUAUAAAAGUGGAAAACUUCACAUGUUGGAGAACUUGCUGGAAACCAUAGAUCCAGGACUAGAGAGCUGGGGUAUCUAUCUCAUUGCAGCCUGCAAACACUUGCAGAAAAAGAAUUACUACCAUAUCUUGUAUGAACUGCAGCAGUUUAUGAAAGAUCAAGUCCGUGCUGCUAUGACCUGCAUUAGAUUUUUCACAGACAAGGCAAAGUCUUACACUGAGCUGAAAGAAAGGCAAAAAUGGCUCUUAAAGGUCAAGGACCAUCUUAAAGUUUAUCUUCAAGAAGUUUCUAGAAGUUCAGGAAGAAAAAAGUUUGCAUGCUCUUUUCGCAAGAAAAUGUCUGCUCCAGAUGUAUCAAGGCACAUCAAUACAGUUGAACUUCAGAUGGAAGUAACAAAAUUCCUCCAUCGUUGUGAAAAGUCGGGAACUUUAUCUGUAGGUGAUUUACCUGUGCCUACCCUAUUUGGAAACAAUCAAAUGAAGAUUGAGGUUGUUUGUAAGGUCAUGUUGGAAGGCAAAAACAUUGAAGAAGGAUUUGGGAUUUCAUUUAGAAUACUGCAGGACUUCCAGCUGGAUGUUGCUGCUAUAUACAAUAAAGUGGCUAGGCAGCUGGUGAAGCAGCAGAGCUACAGUGAGAUCAGGCAGCUCAUUAAAUGUAUCAAGGAAUCUGGUGCUGCAGAUAAAAAUGAUGGGGACAAUGUCAUCCUCAGUUGCUUGGAUGAGUUUGAUUCUAUCCCUGCUGAGGAGUUGGAUAAUUUAAUCCAGGAUAUGGACAGUGAUGAAAACAAGAUUCAGGCAUACCUGAAAUGCCAUAAACUACGUUCUGCCUACCUUAUCUCUGUAAAACAAGAAAAUGUAAGAGCGGUGCAGUUGGUUCAACACAUACAGCAAAUGGCAGAGGACGGUGGGGAUGAUGUAGUGCAAGCCAUCUGCACCCAGUGGCUUUCAGUACAUCACACUAAGCCGAGAAGCUGGCUUACCCAAAAUUCCAAGAAAUGACUCCCAGAAAAAUUUUGGGUCAUUGUUUCUAAAAAAGGGGAAAUAUUACAUUGUUCUAGAUUCAAUCAUGGCUGCAAACUGGAACGAAGCGGCUUGAAUGCCUGUACUCAAAGGGAAAGGAUCAACUGCCUAAAAGUGCCACUCAUGAUGCAGUGACAACCAACUACCUCUACUUCAGGGUGUUUAUUCUUUACAUACUUCAUAUUUUCAGUGCUGCUUCAGCUGUGUCUUACUUUAUGAUCAUGGAGAUCUCUCUCCUUCAGUCACUGUUUUAUGAAUGCAAAUCCCACAUCCACAAGAUUUUCUAUCUACUUGUGAUUCCCGACACUGCAAAGCUACAGCCAAAUCAAUAAAGAAACGUGCCCAUUUUGAGAUGGGCCCAGUGAUCUAUUGCUUUUCAUAGCACGGAGCUGUAAUUGAAUUCUGUCCAUAAGAGACAACAGGUCUGUAAGCCUACACCUGUUACUAUCUGAGGCAAGGAAAUAACAAGUUAACACAGAAAAUGGAGGAAGAAAUGAUAAAGGUUGCAUAGUAGUUCCCACUUGGAACCUUUACCCAUAUUUGAUACCUUUCCCUGAAGCAGUCUGAAGUUCUCAUUGUCCUUUCAGUGACAUAAUCUAGAAAACGGGAGACCACAGCACACUCUAUAUAAGAGGAUAUGAUUGUAAUUGAUAACAAGUUUUUAAUUUAAAAAAUUCAAACUGUUAUCAAAAUAUUAGUUGUAAGAAAUUAUUCAGGAUGGUUUAAUCUUUGGGUUUUUUAAAAAAAUAAUUAGAUGAACCAUCCUUUCCUACUAAUUUUAGCAAAUAGUGUAAGCUGCGCUCUUUCAGGGAAACAAUAGCCACAGCUCACAGCCACAAGUGUAGUAAUCCUUAAUUUAUUGGAUUUGGCAGCCAGAAAUAACCUUGAGGUUAAGUAACUUGGGAAGGCUAUAUUUAGCUUCCAUUGUUUCAUACCCUUUGGGUCUUAGAAGUUAUCCUAUUAGGAAUCUAAGAGUUAUAAAAUCUGCUUUUGCUAUCAAGCUCAACUGCCAUGCGUCCCAGAUCUGAUUGGGCUUUUUGUGACUCUAAUUACUACUACUACCUUAAGAAAGGAACAGGAUUCAUUAUUUGCUGUGUGUUAAGCUAUACUGCCUAUUGAGUUUAGUAAGUAACAUGGCUUGUACUUUCAUCUCCAAAUUCUUCUCAUCAAUACCUUCCAAAGGGAAGAAAGGAAAGACUGGUGGGGGAGAGAAAAUAGAGGCGAUUGUUGGGUCCACUCUUUGCACUGCAUUUUAUGCACUUUAUAUUGUUUGUUACUCGGAUUCUUUAGAAUUUUUCAAAGAUCCCUUUCUCACCAGCAAAACCUGUCCUGUGACCUAUCCUGUAGGAAACUGUAACGAAGGAAUUCUAAACUUCCAAUGAACAAAAGUGUUAAACUCUCAUUGAGAAAAUAAAGAAUGUGGACAACUUUCUGUCUUAAUUUGUAAUAUUGUUUCUUGUUACAUUUGUAGCUACAGAAUAAUUCAACCUGAAAGAAAUCAAGACAACAAAACCAUGCUGCAACCAUCUAAAAACUUUUUUUUAAAAUAAUUGGUGCAAUUUUGUACCAAUGUUUCCAUACCAUACUGAAUCACAAAUGAGCCAGCAACCUUUUAGCCAAGAAUGCUGUACAAAACCACAUCAAACAAUUCAUAAUUCACACUGCCAGAAAACCCAGGAAAACUAAGGAUUGUUUUUUUUUUGUAGGGGGAAUCAGGAAACCUUCAGCAUGGAGUGGAUAGUUCCAUCCACUAAACAAUUCUAUUUUAAUUGAAUUAAUUGAAUGUGAUCUAUAUCGAUCUAUGAAAAUUCCAUGAAAGUAAUACUUUUCCAGAGUCUCAUAUACAAAAUAUGGAAUUCAGGUGCAGCUGGCCUUUGUAGGUCAAUUCCACUGGAUACCAAGGAGUUCACAACUAACAUUCCAAAGCUUCUUUGCUGUUUCAUCAUUACGUCCUUGAGAUGACACAUAUGCUGGUUUACAAUCACUGUGAUAUAAAGGAAGAAAGUAUAUUAGUAAUGUUCCAUUGCAUUAAUAAUUCUUAUUCUAAUUAAUUAUAUUAAUUUCAGCAUAAUUAUAUUAAAUGAUUAU